CUGGGCAUUGAACUUGAAGAGAUACCGGGUUGGACUUGCACCGGCGCCGGGGUGAUCCAGGAGAAGAACCAACGCUUUGGGGACACGCUGAACGCCCGCAAUUUCGCCAAGGCGGAGCAGAUGGGGUUGCCGAUUCUAACCAUCUGCAGCACCUGCCAGGGAGUGAUGUCGCAGGCCAACCACCGGAUGCGCAAUCCGGAGUAUUUGGCCGAGAUCAACUCCUACCUGGCGGAGGAAGGACUGGAGUACAGCGGCAACAGCGAACCCAAACACCUGCUCUGGAUACUAAUUGAGGACUAUGGCCUGGACCACUUGAUGCCUCAUAUCACGCGCCAGCUUACCGAACUGAAAAUCGCUCCGUUUUACGGUUGCUACAUCGUGCGGCCAACGGAAGCUCUGGACAUCGCAGAGCAUCCGGAACGGCAACAAUCGCUGGAAUUGCUGAUUGACGCCCUGGGGGCCACGCUGGUCGAUUUUGAGGGCAAGACCCGCUGCUGUGGCUUCCCCAUACUAACCAUCAACGAGCGCAACUCGAUGGCAAUGGUGGGCAAGCAUACGUCCGAAGUGAAAGACCUGGGCGCUGACGCGAUGGUUACGCCGUGCCCGCUGUGUCAUCUCAACCUGGAUGGAUUCCAACCCAAGGCGGCAUCGCAGAUUCGACGAUCCAUUGACCUGCCAAUCCUGCAUAUGCCGCAAUUGAUUGGAUUGGCGAUGGGGAUGUCCCCGGCGGAUUUGGGCCUGAAAAAGCACAUCGUGAGCACCGGCCCGCUGGAAGUGAAACUCGACGCACGUCGUUAG